AUGAGCGCCGACGAAGGUGGAGACGCAACCCCAAUGUCCACACACGACGAUUCGCACCAGGAUUCGACUACAGCUGCUGGAUCUGGAAAGCGAAAGCGUUCCACACAAGAUGAUAAGUCCAGCGACGCCGCGUCGCGCGAUCGAGUAAAACUCCACGAAACUCUGCGCAAUCUGGUUGAACUCCUUCUCAAACAUGACUCUGAGCUCCAGCUCCUCUCUUGCCCAUUCCCAAACACAACCUCCAAGCCCCGAGCGAAGCGCGCAAAGGUCUCCGGUGAUCAAGAUUCUUCUACCAUUCAAACAUGUGUCGCUGCAGACAAAUACAACACCUUGCAGGAAUUCCUUUCCGACAUCGAACGGGCCUCGGCUGCCGUGAUCGAGCGUAAUCAAGCCCAGGCCAAUGGCACAAAGGCCGACGGUACACCCUUGACUGAGGUUGUCAAUCUGAUUGCGGCUUUCAAGAAGCACAUGAACAGUCUGAUUGUUCAAUCUUUCGUCGAUUCAUCCGAAGUCAAAACAGAAGUUUCAGAGGACGACACCGAUUCUUCGUCCGAGCUUCACGCAAUCAAUCCCUGCGCUCGAGAGGACAACUGCGCCCUGACGCUGUACGGGAACUCCGCAAAUCCCAAGCACCUAUUUUCGAGUUUGCAAAAGUCGGUUAAGAUACCGUUGCAAUCUGAUUCGGGCCCUGAGAAAUUUGUUGAGGUACAGGCCGAGCUCCCUGAGGGCGGCUUGCCAAACGGGAUUACAACCACCAAAAUCGUGCCCUUUAACCUCAAUGCAGCGCCCAAGCUUCCUAAGCGAACAUUUGGGGAAGUGUUUGCCCCACGUGAAACACUGCCGAAGCUGGAGCCUCCGCGCAAGCGCUCGCACCGGGGUAACGCAUCAACAUGGGUGGACCGUUUUGACGCUACCUUUGACACCAGAAACUUCUUGGGAGAGCGUAGCAACUAUUGCCUUGCGCCCCUUCCAGCUACGCAGUGGCUUCAAUACGGCGGGGUCACUUCAUCACCAUCAUACUGGGACCGCGUAGAAAAACAACAUGAGGACCCGGAAAUUACUCACAGACAUGGGGAUCCUGCUUUGUGGAAUGGUCCUGACUUAUCUGCUUUCCUCGGUGUGUUCUCGUCAUUUGCGCCCUCCCACGAUAGCUCCGGUGCAAUCGUGCAGGUCGCCUCGAAGAAUUCGGUCUGGUGGGGUCAACGAGGGGCACACCGCGUGAACACUUUGCUCUCGAUCCCAUUCGAAGGGGAGGGUGAAAAAGAAACAGAACAGACUGCUCGUCCUGGAAACAUUGGCGAGCUUGAUGAGAGCACACUGGAUGAAAUGGUGGAGCAAUUCAACGCCGAUGACUUUGCUAUGAGCGCUGCAGAGACCGAGACCAAGACCAAUGGCGACAUUGAUAUCGAAUCCAAAGACGCGAAGGAGAUGCUUGGCGAAAUUUCCGAUCUGCUCAACACCCUCAGCUCCUAUCAACGCUUGCGCAAUCUCAAUCCUCCAUCUAACCCCCCUCCCGCCGUCCAACAAGCCUCCGAGUCGAAUGAAGCCUCUGCAACUGAUGUUGAAGAUCCGAACGUCCCAUCUGAAGCAGAGUUCAGUGUGUAUGAGACACUCAAAUCAAGUCUCAUGGCAAUCAUCGGCAAUUUGCCGCCUUAUGCGGUUGCUAAAUUGGAUGGUCACCAACUCGCCGAGCUGAAUAUCAGCCAGAAGAUUGUGAUAGAUACCCCCGACUAUAACGGCACUAUGGAAAAAGAUGACUUCACUCUGUCUCAAGAGCGAGCGGCCGCUUUAAUAGCAGCAUCCAAUGCCGCAGGUCGCACGGCAACGCCCUCGUCGUCGCGACCUAGCUACCCUGGAACUCACGCCGGCUACAACCAACGCGCUUUUGCCUCCAACAGCCGAGUUCAGCAAGCUCAACCAGGCUUCCAAGCCACACCACAGCACCCGCGCCAGCCCUCAGCUCCGACUACAUACGCCCAUGCUUAUAGCGCAGGUCGUCCUCCAAGUACCCCCGGCCAACGUCCCGCCAAUGCCCCUCAGUAUUCGCAAAGUAACCCGCAGUUCAGCCAAGGCGGCCAAAGCUAUCAAUAUCAACGUCCCUCGUCCAAUGGCUAUGUCCCUGGGGCGCAACAAGGCCAAGCUCCUGCCCAAGGAACCCCACAGCCUUAUACACCACGACCCGGACAAUCGGGCACAUUUAACGCGACACCGCAGGGGCGCAUCCCUUACGCGACUGCCACUGCAAACUCAGCUCAGCGAGCUCCAAACUCGAUGCAAACCCCAGCACAAGGCGGCUACGUUAAUUCCGCUGCCGCCGCCACAUACUCUCGCAGUGCCGCGGAACAGGCCGCAUUGAUGGACCGCAAUAAGGCGCAAUUGGCUGCUCGUCAGGCCCGGCAUAGCCCUUCGACUCCUCAGCCCCAGGCUCUGGAUGCUCGUGCUUCUCAAGAAGGCAGUGCUACUCCUGGGAGCAAGCAGAAUGGCACACCUCUUUCGACAUAA